UUGAAAAACCAUUACCAGCUACCAAUCAGUUUUCCUUUCUUCUUCUCCAUCCAUUCGUGUGAUUUCUCUUCCUUCGAUUCCGAUCAUGUCUAGCUGUGGGUGCGGAAACAGCUGCAGUUGCGGCAGCGACUGCAAAUGCAACAAGUACUCUGACUUCAGCUUUGCUGAGAAGUCAACCACAGAGACUCUGAUCAUGGGGGUUGCACCAGUGAAGGCCUCGUUCGAGGGAGCUGAAAUGGGUGUCGGAGCUGAGGACAAUGGCUGCAAGUGUGGAUCAGACUGCACAUGCGAUCCUUGCAACUGCAAGUGAGUGCAGGUGUGAAAGCUUGAAGCAGAGAGAUGGCAGCAAUAUAUGUGUAAAAUCCACACUUAAUAAUAAUUGUAUGUUUGGUUUGUGUUUGGUUCCAACGUCACGGUUUGAUGUUUUAGAAUAAAGUGGCCGUGGCUUCACUUCAUCAAUCAGCAAAUUCAUAUGUUCUGGGAUUUGUUGUGCGUGUCAUGAGCUAUGGUUGCUUUGUGUUUGGUUGGUAUUGUGUAAAGUUAUGCUGAUUUGAAUCAUCAAUCUCUGCUUAUGAAUGGAAUAUAAGUGUGUUUAAUAAA